GGCGCGGACGGCGCGGACGCACUUGAACACCGGUCGCGCGUGGCGCGAACACGGUCCGACCUUGAACAGAGCCCGGGUAAAGUGGCCAGUCACUGUCUGUCGGCGCGCGCGCACAGGGUGGGGUGUGCUGCUCCGAGCGGUGUAGAGUGUAUCACUUCCAUGCCACACAGCCCGCCGUCGCUCUCUGCUCCGACGAUGGCCGCCUCGUUCCACGUGCGCCUCGUGCGCCACGGUGAGACGGACGACAACGUGCGCCGCGUGAUCGCCUCGCACACGCCGUCGCCGCUGAACGCCACCGGGCGCCGGCAGGCGGACGCGCUGGGCGCCGCCUGGCGGGCCGAGGGCGCCGCGUUCCGGCGUGUCUACAGCAGCGACACCAGCCGCGUGCUGGAGACGUGCCAGAGGGCGCUGGCAGCCGCCGGCCUCGCGCCCCAGCCGGAGCCCUGUCUCGAGCCGCUGCUGAGCGAGCGCGAGGGCGGCGCGCUCGAAGGACUCUCCUUCGAAGAGGCUGGGCGCAUGCAGGCGGAGUCGCUCCGCACCGGGGUGCCCAUCGCCGGCAUGGAGACGCUGGCCGAGGGUCAGCGGCGGGUGGGCGGCUUCUUCGGGCGGCUGGUGGACGAGAUGACGGCGGACGGCGCCGGCGGCGGCGAGGCGGCCGUCUUCACCCACGGCAGCAUCAUGCUCUGCCUGCUGCUGGCGCUGCAGCGGGAGCACGGCCUGCAGCUGACGGCCGAGCAGCUGCCGGCCGGCGACCUGCACGUCAGCUGGAACACGGCUCAGACGCGGCUGCUGGUGAGCCGGGACCCGGCCGGCGCCGUCACCGUCUCCUGCGAGUUCCUGCAUCGGGACGACCACCUCACUGGCGACCUCGCGCCGGCCGGGUACCUCAUGCCCAGCGGAAAAGUAGUGCCUAAAAAAUAAACAGUCUGUGACUGUUACAAUGGCUGAUGAACAGCUAGUCCAUGCCGAAGCCUUGGGAUCCACACGGUGCGUGUGACACGGGUGCGGGCGAUCUGCAGUCGAGUGGUGGACCCGCGGCGUGCACCUCUCAAGCUCUGUUCAGGGGGUCACCCGGUCCCGUUAGCCCCCCCCCCCCAUGUUUUAUGCGUCGGAGCCGCAUAAAACUUGUGUGAGCUCGUCCACUGAAGUUUCUGGAGCCAAAGACGACGGGACUGCACAGCCGCCGGUCACUCGCAAUGGCGCGCCGCCCCAAAAAGCAAUAUUAUAUUAUGUUUGCACUUAACUAUCUGUUGAAUGAUCGAUCACCUGGCAAGGAAAUUUGUCUGAAAAAGGCAUGAUGUAUAUUUUUGCCCUUCUUGUCGCCAUCGGAUAACAUUUUUUUCCUCGAUAAAUAUCCUUGGGUCAUAAAUGACCCAGCCGGCAAUAGUGUUGUCCAUUUUCUCGUAUGUUGAAUACAAGAGAAGCAACUGAUGAUUAUA